CACACCAUCACCACAGCGUCUCCAACAAACCACUGCCCAAAACAGCUGCUCUCUCCCCCCCUCUCCAGCACAACCCCUUGCCACAGCGCCAACACGCCGAGAAAGCCAGUCCUUCACCACACCAAGACCCAACAGCAGCAACGAGCAACUGUCCAGUAACUCAGCAGCCUCCACAACCAUACACAACCCGGAAAUACUCAACAUAGUCCACACGCGCCUCCAACCCGCCGCCCGUGUACCACACUGCCCACCCUGGUUCCAGCGUAUCCCGAAGGGAGAUAGCAAUGAGGGAAUUAGUGACGGUUCAAGUUGGAGGUUUUGCAAAUUUUGUAGGCUCUCAUUUCUGGAACUUCCAGGAUGAGUUGCUUGGAUUAGCUGGGGAUCCUGACAGUGAUCCAGUUUUCAAAAACCAAAGUCAGUACCUCAAUAUGGACACUCUCUACCGCACUGGCGAAACAAACCAAGGUGUUCAGACUUAUACUCCUCGCUUACUUUCAAUAGACUACCAAGGGUCUCUUGGAUCUAUGAGUUCACGUGGUACGUUGUAUAACGAGAGCUCAUCAGCACCUUCAAAUGUCUGCACAUGGACUAGUAAUGUUUCAACUCAUGCAUCUGAGCCUUUAAAGAAGAAUUUGUUCUUGCAAAGUUUGUACGAGGAAGAGCUGGAGAACUUGAGGCUCUCAAAAGGUAUAAGCAAUGGGAAGAAUGAUAAUCCAAGAGAAAUACAAAAUCAGGACAUAGUUGAUUGUUUAGAAAGUGAUGUCCAGUAUUGGACAGAUUUCUCAAAAGUACACUACCAUCCCCAAAGUUUAUACGAGUUAAAUGGAUUAUGGAUGAAUAAUGUGGAAUUUGACAAUUAUGGAAUUGGAAGGGAUAUUUUUUCUGGGGGUCUACGAGGAGAAGAAAUAAGUGAGAGGCUUCGGUUUUUCAUAGAAGAGUGCGACCACAUUCAGGGAUUUCAAUUCAUUGUUGAUGACUCAGGAGGUUUCUCUGCUAUAGCUGCAGACUUUUUGGAGAGUAUUGCAGAUGAAUAUACAAAUACACCAGUUUUACUUUAUACUGUGAGGGGUCCUGGUUCUCACAUGAACCUGACUAGCCAAAAACAAAGACUUUCCAGGAGCAUUCACGAUGCACUUUCUUUUUCAAGACUGUCAUCCUUCUGUAAAUUGAUUGUGCCAGUUGGUUUACCCUUGCUAAGUACAAGUAAAGCUUCCAUGCACCUUUGCAUUAAAGAUGAGAUGCCUUACCACAGCAGUGCAGUGUAUGCCACUGCUCUCCACUCUAUUAGUGUCCCUUUCCGAAUUGAGCCACUUGGACCUGCAAAUUCGCAUAAUUUUUCUGGCGCUGUGGAUGUUAAUGGAGUUAUACAAAUGUUAGCAGGGCAAGCUAGGCAAAAUAUGGUGACUAUUCUCGAUGUUGCAAUGCCAGCACCUCCUAUUUCUGGGAAACAUGUUGAGCACUCUUUACUGAGGAAUUUGCAGCCAUUAACACCAGAGAUUGCAGAAGACGUGGAGGAUAUGCAAGCAGUGGAGUUUAUGACUGUGCAUGGAGCUCUUCGAUCCGGAGGUCACCAUGCUUUCAUUUCUGAAGUAACGGAUUCAGUUAAUGCUGCUUAUGAAAAUUCCUCAUCAAGACCAAAAUUCUGUCAUUUAUCAGUCUCCAGUUGCCCACUUCCAAUACCAUUGCCAUUUCCUAAAAUCUUUUGUAACCUUGUUGGCCAACACGGUGAGCUCUUGAGCAGCCCGGUUCCAGGUUGUUCAUCAAGGGGAUCACUUGAUGUCCACUCCAUCCCCAUGGCAGCUAGACUGCGCUCAAGCACAGCUGUCUUGCCAUUUUUGGAGAGUAGGUUGGCAAAUCUCCGCAGACUUGGAAUUCAGCAAGGAGCCCCUGGGACCGAGUUAGUUAGAAGCUGGGGGUUUGGGAAGGAUGAAUUAGAAGACAUGGAAGAGACCCUAUCUAAAAUGGUCACAACACUCGAUGACCGUGCUCAAUUAUCUGACUCGGAUUAGGUUGUUUUCUUAAGAGUGUAACCAGAACGUGUUUGUUUCUUCAUUACCCUCUUCUUGUUCCCCCCUCCCCAUUGUAAAGUGAUAUUUUUAUCAGUUUUUGUCUGGAAGAGAUGAGUGACUACAGAUGCAGAAAACAAUCAUAUACGUGUUUCCAUUAUCUUGAGAUAAUUGAUGCAAGUUCUAAGUUAAGAAAACCAGAAUAUCUAGAUUGAAGAAAACUAUCUCCUCGGAGACAGAUUCCAUCUGCCUCUGGAUGCGUUUCAUGUUUA